AUGUCGCUUACUCCUUUCGCUCCCCCACUCUCAGAGAGCGCCUCAGCCUCCCACUGGCUGGUCUACAGCUCCACAGCAGUGUCGGAGGCGGGGCUCCUUUCCCAGCUCCUGAUCUCCAGGGUGCUGGACCAGCAGACGGUCUCUCACUGGGACAGCGCCUCCCGGAGAGAGACUCGCACCCGCCACUGGCCCAGUGGAGCUGCCGGCCUCAGAGACAUCAACUACGAGCACGAGGAGACAGAGAACAGGGAGAGGCUGCAGGGAAUCCUGAGGAAGAGGAGCAACAUGGGGAAAGUCUCUCCUCAGGUGUUUGUCUCUUCCAAGCGUCGGGAAGACACACAGAACUGUUCUCUGUCCUGUCUGGUCACUGGCUUCAGUCCUGGAGUCAUAGAGGUCAGUCUGUCCAGGGCUGGAGAGACCGAGGGAGACGAGGUGUGGUCCAGUGGGCUCAGACCCAACGGAGACGCCACCCAUCAGCUGAGGAAGAGUGUGGAGAUCAGAAAGAGUGAGAUCGAGUUAUACAACUGUACUGUCUCUCAUCACAGCUCCAACUACAGCGUCACACUGAGCUGGGGACUCUGCAGUGCUGGAGAUGGGACGUCCCAGUGGCACAAGAUAGCACUGGCCUCUGGGAUCACUGUCCUGGCUGCGUGCCUGCUGUCCAUGAUAGGAUACAGUCUGAACAAGCGGACACAGCAGCUGUGACGGGGAUGUCCACUGUCUCUCCGGGACUCCCCCUGAACACAGGGGAUCGAAACGGGGGUUUGAUCAGCUGGCUGCCCCCCUGCUGUCUAGCAACCCCCUGACCA